AAACUAUAGGAGAGGCUUUACUAAUUCAAAUCCUGGGGAAUUUCUUCAUGUUUCUUGGCGGUUGAAAAAGCUUCCGAUGUGAGCCUCCGCCCACAGUAGAAGGGAUCCCGAGCAUCUGCGGACGCUCCCUGGGCUCGGAGCUCAUUCUCUCGCCAGUCCAGGGGAAGAAGCCUCUAGCGGGGAGGAGGUAGCGCGAUGGGGAGCCCUUGGCUGCGGAUAUGCGCGCUGGGAGCUGUCCUCCUCUGCUGCGCUGUGGGCGAGCUGCCCGGGGAGGGCAUCAACGAGAGACCGAUCAUUGGAAUAUUGGCACAAGCUAACCACAUGAAAAAUUUGAAACACCAUGGAAAAUAUUACAUUGCUGCUUCAUAUAUAAAAUAUCUGGAGUCUGCAGGUGCAAGGAUUGUGCCAAUCAGGUUAACACAAUCAGAUGAAGAAUACGAUAAUCUCUUCCAUUCUAUCAAUGGGAUACUUUUCCCUGGUGGAGCUGUCAAUCUUCAGACUUCAAAAUAUAGCCAUGUAGCCCAACUAUUUUAUGAGAAGGCCCUGAAGGCUAAUAAAGAAGGAGAUUACUUUCCUAUUUGGGGAACGUGCCUUGGAUUUGAAGAGCUUACUGUCUUGACCAGUGGGGAACUAUUACUCACUUUGACCAACACUAGUGGAAUUGCUUUGCCGUUAAAUUUUACUAAAGCUGUAGCUGAUAGUAGGUUGUUUCAGAAUAUCUCUAAGGACUUGUUAGAAGCCUUAGCAACAGAACCCCUAACUUCAAAUUUUCAUAAGUGGAGCCUUUCCUUGAAGAAUUUUACUAUGAAUAAGAAGCUAAAUGAAUUUUACAAGGUUUUAUCUACAAAUACAUAUGAUGGCAUCGAAUUUAUCUCCACAAUGGAAGCAUAUAAUUACCCCAUUUAUGCUGUCCAGUGGCAUCCAGAGAAGAGUGCUUUUGAAUGGAAGAAUUUAACAGGCAUAGUCCAUUCACCACCAGCUAUAAGAAGUUCAUUCCACAUGGCAUAUUUCUUUGUAAAUGAAGCUCGAAAAAGCCAUCACCAUUUUGCAAGUGAAGCCGAAGAAGCUAAGGCAUUGAUUUAUAAUUACACCCCUGUUUUCACUGGGAAUACAUCUUUAUUUCAGCAGUGCUAUUUUUUUGAUUGAAUGUCCUUGGAAAAUUUUGUAGAACCACAGUGAUUUGUUUAUGGAGUCAUUAAACUAUUGUUAUUCAUGUCAA